UGAAAAUGUAAGGGUCAUAGGUCAUGACAGUAAAGCAAAUUUGAAUUACACCUAAAGGUCUUGUGUAAAUGACAGAGACAUCAAUCACAUCCAUUUAGCUGAUAUGAUACUGAAAACCAGCAACAUGACCUCUAAAAAGUAUUACAUCACAACCUCUGAGUUUUAUUUUGAAACUCCCAACCGGAACCUCCGGUAUUAUAGCCCAUGUGUGCAGCUUGAUGCUGGUACCUGUCAAACCGUCUCUCCUCUGCUGUUUCGCAGAAAUGCCGGUUAGCUUCAGCCUCUCAGGGCUUAAAGACUCUCUGCUGUGUCCUCCUGUUCUUCCACCCUGGACAUCAGACUGAAACAUGACCUUCAUGUGUUAAAGGACUGCUCUUCUUCUUCAGGAGGAUUUCUUCAUCUUCUUCUUCUUCUCUUCUGCAGCGCCCUGCAUUGCAACAUUGAAUGCAUUGGAAGUGGGACGUGGAUAUACAGGCUGAUGGACAACAGAAAGCCUGAGCUGCAGCCUGAUAUAGUGGAGCAUGACCUAUAUACUGCAGAGCUUUAAUGGACAUCCCCUGCUGCUCUAUGGAUGGAUGCAUUACACACAGUAACUGAUUCAACCUUGUAACACUGUAAUAAGUGACCUUCAUUUUUUAUUUGCUGGUGCUGCUGCAGAAUUGUCCAUAACAGGACAUGUGAAUGUGCAUAUGACUGAACAAAGAGGAUCAUGCAUGCAGAUCAUGUAUAAGGGAACAAAAUAAAUUUGCAUGCUGGAUGCUUUUGCUGGAAACCAAAAGGAGAAAUAAAUCAAGCAGGUUGCUCUGAGGAUUUUUGGAUACUCUCCUCUGCCAUUUUCUCUCAGUAUACUGCCGGAUUGUACACCAGGAUUAGCCUUUACAGCUCACGAGUUUCCACAGCGGAGCCGGGUUCAAAGGUCCUAUAAUAAGAGGCAGAGCUGAAAGGUCUUUUCAAGCCGGAGAGGAGAGCGGCCUGCAGAUAGAUGCCUUAUCCACUGAAGAGGAUUUUAUGGUGAUCACUCAUUGUGCUGUGAUCGGCAAUAAAAGUCAACAACCCAAAGCAAUUAAGUGCUGUGUAGGAAAACGUCUUAUCAGCAACAUUAUGCUUCUGAACUGUGCUCAGCCGUUACCUCUUCUGAGGCAUACGGAUGUGCCGUCUCGGGUCAUAGAGAACUUCAUCCUGACCGGCUACCGCUUCCCGAACUACAGCCUGAAGGAUUGCUUACUAUCGGCAUUCAGGCCCACCAAUGAAACCGGCAACUUCUGGACACACUUCCUCCCAGUUUUUAUUUUUUCAUACUAUUUCGUGGAGGUGUUCGGUUGGGAAGGUGCGCCGCACGCCGACGACACGUUCUUCUAUCCGUUGUGGAACUACUUUAUCGGGGUGUUCUGUCUGUUAAUGGCGAGCAGCUUGGCCCACCUGCUCAACUCGAUGUCUAUAGUGGUGAGAGAAGUGUGCUUCUUCGUGGAUUACGGCACUAUCAGUUCCUACACGGUUGGCUCAUCGUUGGCGUACUACUACUACAUCCACCCUCGGGCGGGGAUAGUGGAGACGGGAGGCCACAAUGGCUCCAAUGUGGACUUGAAACAUGAAUCUCUUACAUCCUCCUAUGCAAUCCCAGAUUUCUGCGUGUUCUUUGAGACUUUCUACAUCCCGACCGCGUGCGUCGUAGCAAUCAUUUGCGUCUUAUCUUGCUGCAACACUCGCCAGAGGUGGAGGCGGUAUCGAUACGUCAUCCGAACCUUUGUUUUCCUCCUCCCGUUCGUCAUCUCUUCCACGCCGAUCUUCUACCGCCUCCUCACCAGAUCGCCUUAUUCCGCCACCUCCUCGUCUUUUGCGGCUUCCAGCUCCACGGCCACUUUCUUCUAUCGCCACUGCCUCUGGCUGGUGGUGUCGGCCGUCUUCAACAUCAGCAAGUUCCCCGAGCGGCUGGCCCCGGGUCGCUUUGACAUCUGGGGUCACAGCCACCAGUGGUUCCACUGUUGCACCUUUUUGUCCAUCCUCGACGAACUCCACAUGAUCAAGACUGAAGUGAAGGCCAUCCUACUCAGCCCGACUUUGCUGCUGCCCCCGCAAACCCUCUCCCGCCUACCUGGACCAACCGUAACCUCCACCUACGGGGUGAUGCUCCUCCUCCAGACCACCAUCAUCUCCAUCAUAGUGUGGUUUUCCUGGCAUGCCAACAGUAUCUACGGACCCCAGAGGGACCAGCUAGCAAAGGAGCACCCCAAGAAACACCUGAAAUGCCACUGAUCGCAACGAUUUUUUUUGUAAUCAUCCCAACUGUGAAGGAAGAUUUUGCACAUGCGUACAAAAGCCAUGCCACAAAGAGAAAGCGCACAAGUAAAACCAAUAUUUCCCUCCUAAAUUUCAAGUCCCUCGUAUGUUCCAACCCCCUUCGAGAGCGUUUUUCAAGCUUGCACGAGCAGAAAUCGGGGGCAACGUGAGAUGAGAGGAUUAUAUUCUGAGCUCACCACAGGGUGGCUGCCUGGUUGAGUGGAUAUUGAAAGACCUUGCCAGUUCUUUCCCUUGAGCUGCUCCGGCAUGUUCCAACAGGAUGUCCGAGCAAAUGUGAUAAUAACUACCUCCAGGGACUUUGCACUUGAGGACACAGGAAAGGUGUUGGUACACAGGGGAACAUGUUCAAUAUAACGUUUUUGGUAAUGUGGCGGCGUGACCAUUUACAGAAAUGUGUACUCUGUGGUCAAGUAGUUACUUCCUGCUGCACUUCCUUUUUCUUUCACCUCAAACAGCAUCUCUUGAAAAGUCUGCUAUGGUUGAACGUGUUGUUUCACAUUUAAGAAAUCCGUUUCUGGCUUUUGUUAACCACACCUCGUCCUCUGACUUACAAGAACGCUCACACGCACUCUCAUUUCCUCUCUUUUUAAGUGACCCUUGCAGCAGGAAGUGCGGUGGCCUUGACGACGCAACAGAAAUAGCCGAGAGCUCAUAUCAGACGCACAGUAAAGCACUUUCAGGGGCCGGUCCAACUCACCCCUGUCAUUAAGAAGCCAUGCUCGCUUUUUUUUAACCUUAAAGGACGUGUAUCAUUACUGAAGCAUAUAAUGAUGUCCUGCUGACAUUGUUCUGUUGGGGUUAUUUUAGAUGUGAAGUGUAUACACAGUGCAGGGAAUCAAUCUGCUGUAAGUAUGGUUCUCAUUACACUGAUGACUAGUUCCCCAUAGAUUAUGUUCACACUACUUAAAGAGCUCUAGCUCAGAUUAAAUGUCAUGUAAAUCUGAUGUUUUCUAAUCAGUAUGAAAGCAUACUGGACCUUGGUACACCCUCUGUACAUGCUUAUCUUUUUCGGUGACAGCUCAUGUAAAAAAAAAAAAAAAAUGUCCGAGCAGCAGCUCCAGUUUAAAGUUCCUGUUUUGUGAACGUAGAUGAAAU